AUGGACACAUCCAGAGAUAUGUCCUCUAUUAGCAGUUUACCGAACGAGCUAAUAACAUUAAUAUUAAUAAAUAAUGAACCUAAAGAAAUACUGAAUUUUGGUGCAACAUGUAAAAAAUUCAAUGAAAUCGUAAAUAACAAUGAGUACCUUUGGAGGGUUAAAUAUUCCGAAACUGUACCAAGAAGAUUUAUCAAAAGUCUAUUCGAUGGUACCAUGUUACAAGAAGUCAAAAAUGUCUACAAAAUCAGAAGAAAGAUAGAAGAUGAACUGAAAGCGAUGUCACCUAAAUAUUAUGUGCAAGUCAAUGAAGUGUCGGUAGAACAUGUAAGAAACUUCUAUGCGAUUGCAACUGAAAGUCAUCACAGCUUCUAUUACACAAUUUUUAUUCUACAAGAUAUUGUAGAUAAGUCUAGAAGAAUACUUCAAAACUUUGAGUGUGUUAAUCCAAUAAACAACUUGACUGGCAUAUACUAUGCCAAAAUUGUUCUUCGUCACUUGAUACAUAUGUUCUUAUCAAUAAAGUGGGUGAGGGAAUUAAAGAGAGAUAAUUUGACUCCUCAAGUCGUUUUAAUGUUCUUCCUGCAGUGGAUUGAUUGUGAUCAUUUGUACUCUGAUGGAGAAGUUUACUAUCAGAUACAUACUUUAGUUGAGAAAGUUAAAAAUAUUCUGGAUAAAGUUUGUCCGAGCGGCAGUGGUGAUAAUUAUAAAGAACUCGGCGAAAGGGAAAUUCUGAGAGCCAUAACACAUGUAAUUUAUAAACAGGAGAACUUUUCAAUAGCUGAAAGUGUAAAAAUUUACAAUUUCAAUAUUGUAAAGGUCAUAGAAGAGGGUGACGGAGAAGCAGUAGUAUAUUCAGCAAUUUAUCAGGCUGUAGCAAGAUAUUUUGGUAUAGAAUGUGAGAUGGUAGCAUUUCCUAACCACUUGUUCCUGACUUGGCGCGAUAAAGAGAAUUCAUAUAGAGAAUAUACUAUUGAUCUCCUCACUGGCCAAUUAAAACCUAAAGGGAAAUGUCCAUAUAGCCAGAAAAUGACUUUUGGCUAUGGACCGGACCCUUUGAUACAUUAUCUACUAUCAUUGUAUAUGACUUCGAAAGGAUCUUACAGAGAUAGUGGCUCCCAAAAUGCGAUUCAUAUCUUGGAUUUCCUGUCAUAUCGCAGAAUUCAUAGAACAAGGAAUCCAUAUGAAAAUUUCUAUAACUAUUUGAUGGUUAACAUUAAUGAGCAGGAAAUUAGUUCACCUUUGCACAUGGCAUAUCUAAGCGACUCCCAAUUAAAUAUGAUUCGUACUUUAGGGAAUUUAAACCCCGCCACAGAAAAUGUUAUAAGAAAUAUUGUUCCAAAGAAACAUCCAUCAACAGUUAUAUAUGCUGUUGGUAUGUUGUGUUAUCACGAGUUAUAUAACUAUAUGUGUAUAAUUGUUGGAUGGGAAGAAGAUUGUUCUAAAGCAGUACCUCCUAUAGAGGGAGUGCAACCUUGUUAUAGAGUCAUAGCUGGCGAUCAAUCCAUAAGAUAUGUUGCUCAAGCACAUUUAAAGCCAGUGACCACGCCAUUCAGGAUCCCAAGUCUAGAGGAAGAUAUAUCCACUGAUUUCACACACUUCGACGGUUAUACUUACGUGCUUAACGAAAUGAAGAAAAUUGAAUAUCCUGAUGAAGAAAAAGUGGUCGAAUCAUACAAAGGGAUUCUUGUUAAAGCCAAUGUUGGCGAUGCUUACGGAUAG